AUGGUGCGGUCAAAGAAAAAGGAAAUUCCGGAAGACGCCAUACUCUACUCUGCUCAACAGCCGAAUGCAACCUGUAUCGAUGAUUAUAUUGUUAUUGAUGAGUUAGGCCAGGGUGCAUAUGGCUUAGUGAAAGUAGCUGUGAAAAAGGAUGAUCCUGAAAAGGCAAGCCCUUUUUUGUUAUUCGUUAUCAAAUAUGUCAUCAAAUCACGGAUCCUCAUUGAUUGUUGGACAAGUGAUCAGAUGCUCGGUACAAUACCCGUUGAGAUACACAUUUUGCAUACAUUAAGAAAGAUACCCCAUAAAAACAUCAGUGAUAUGCUCGAUUACUUUGAAGAUGAUGACUAUUAUUACAUCGUCAUGGAAUUCCGUGAAACUAUGGAUCUGUUUGAUUAUAUAGAAUACAAUGAGCAGAUUAAUGAAGACAACAUACGUAAAAUAUUUAAGCAAAUAGCCUUGGGUGUAAAACACCUUCAUGAUCAUCGCAUCGUUCAUCGUGACAUUAAGGAUGAAAAUGUAGUGGUGGAUAAAGACUUGAAUGUACAAAUCGUGGAUUUUGGAAGCGCUGCCUAUAUAAAACAAGGUAGAAAGUACGAAACAUUUGUGGGAACCUUGGAUUAUGCUGCUCCAGAAAUCCUUCGAGGCCAGACUUACUCUGGUAAGCCACAGGACGUCUGGGCUUUGGGCAUUCUGCUAUUCACCUUGAUCUAUCGUGAGAAUCCAUUCUAUGAUAUUGAUGAAAUCAUGAGUCAAGAGUUAAGAAUUCCAUUUGUGUUAUCCAAAGGUUCAGUGGAUCUUAUUUAUAAAAUGCUCGAAAGGGAUGUAGAUAAACGCAUUGACAUUCAAACAGUAUUGGAUCAUCCUUGGUUAAAUUAA